UUCGCGGGUGUUGUUAUUAAUAUGGAGCAAACUCUUCUGAUUGUCAAACCAGAUGGUGUCAAACGUGGACUGGUUGGAGAAGUUAUCCGACGCUGGGAACAAGCUGGAUUUCAAUUGAUUGGGCUCAAGUUUGAACUUUCAACUAAGGAAAAGGCUAGCCAGCACUACGCUGAACACAUAUCUAAGCCCUUCUUCCAGGAACUGGUAAAUUUUCUUACCUCUUAUCCAAUUGUUCUGAUUUGCUUCCAAGGGGAGGGUGUCAUCGAGAAAUCGAGAGCAAUAAUCGGCGCAACAAACCCACUUAAUGCGGCUCCUAACACUAUCCGAGGUGAGUUCGGUUCGAGCAUCCAAUGCAACGUAAUACAUGGCUCCGAUUCAGCAGAUUCGGCAAAGCGCGAACUGGCAUUAUGGUUCAAAGCCGACGAACUUAUCAAUUAUAAGUCUUCUUGAACUUAAACAGGAAACAAAGACGUUACACGAGCAAGCCAGUUUACUGUUUUCCGAAAUGUAGGAAUGCGUCGGUAUUGCGUGCAAAGUCCUAUUGAAAAUACCAGCAGCCAAAAAGCAAGCCCUAUUUGCACUUUCAGCGAAUUAAAGAUCAAU